UGAAGCGGUUCGCUUUCUUCCUGAUAUUUCACUCUCUCUGUACUCUCCAGCUACCAUUCAAAAAGAAAAAAAAAAAACUAGUCUCCCAUUUACUCUCCCACCCAUACUCUCACAUUCAUCCACUCUCCCCUGCACUCUCUCUUUACAUCUUGUUCUCGGAGUUUGGAGUAAAGAUGUUGCAGCUGCUGUACACGGUGAUUUUCAGCGAAAUGCUGCUGAUUUUGGCCUUCUUGUUCAAGAACCCUCUGAGAAAGCUAGUGAUUCUCGCCUUGGAUAAGAUGAAGCAAGGGAAGGGCCCGGUGAUGGUGAAGACGGUCGCUGGGACUGUAUUUGCUGUUCUGAUGGCCGACGUCUACAAUCUGGUUGACAUCAAGAACCGAACCAUUGAAUCUGGCGUGCUCAACCCUACGGACGAGGUUCUCAUGUCCGUGAAAAUGCUCGAAAUUUCUCUUAUGGGAUUUUUUCUGUUUCUUUCUCUGAUGAUAGAUAGAUUGCACCAUUAUAUACGAGAACUUCGAUUCCUCAGGAAGGCCAUGGAGGCUGUGAAAAGACAAAACCAAAGUUCUCAAGAGGAGAAAAACGGAAGUUCAAAGCAACUUAAGACCAUAGUACAAGAGAAUGAGACAUUGAGGACAAAGAUCAAGACUCUGGAAUCUGAAUAUGAGACGAAAGAGAAGAAGGCAGAGGCGGCGGGAAGUGAGGUAGAGGCCCUAAGAAAGCAAUCUGAAGGACUUCUUAUGGAAUACGACCGCUUGCUGGCAGACAACCAAAAUCUCCGCAGUCAGUUAACAUCGAUUGAACAAAGCGCAUCCCACACUGAUGGAAAAAAGAACACGUAAGGGAGUGGUUACUUAGUAAUUAUCUGUCAUCUUUGUCAAUAUCUAGCUCUAUGAGGUGGGUAGUGUAGAUUUGAGGUCGAAGCAGAAAAGAAUAUGACUGCAGUUAUAAAUUCGUACCUAUAGUUAUAUAUAAAAUGUAAUCAAAUGAUGCAAGAAUUUUGUUAAUUCUCGUUUUUAUUCAAUAAAGAUUGCUUUCCGGUGCCGCAAACGGAAGAAAA